CUUAUGGUUGUGGUGUAGUUGGGAGCGGGGGAGGGUUAAGCUUCUGGGAGAAUGUUGCGCUCCACUGGUUGUUUUCGUUCGGUCAUCUGUCCCUUCUCUGGCCGUGGCUCCUGUCAGCGGCGUUAUUGUCAUUUUAAACAUGAAGGGCAAACGGCUGAGACAGUCUUAAGGCCGCAGGGUUCUGGGAAGAUUCUCAGCUGUGAUGCUCCAGAGUCUACACCUCUUAAUCCUUUGGAAAAGAAAUGCGAUCAGCCAGUGUUACUGGAAGCUGCAUGCACAGUACUAGAGUUAGAAAAGGUCAGCAAAGCAAUUGAGGUAGUCAAGACUGAGGUAGAACAGCAACAACAAAAGUUAAUGAUGUACAAGUCUACCUUGAAAUGUCAACAUUACAACACUCAAACUCCAACCAGUGGCACAAUGAGCUGUGCAUCUUUGAGUAUCAGUGCAAUAAAUACUUUGACACCCACAACAGCAAACUCUACCUCUGCAUUUGUAUGUGAAAUACAAGAUAUUCACUUAAAUAGUGUGACAUGUAAUCCAGUCAUGGUACCUAACUGUUCUUUAAAUGCACGUAGAGUUAAUUCCUUAACUGAAGCUACUGAAAUGGAUACAAUCCAGGAGAUGCCCACGACUAGUUCAAAGAAUAUUGACUCAGUUUUGAAUAAGUAUGUGAUUGACUGUAAAAAGCCAUGUACUGAUUUAGAAUAUGAUCCAUUGGUAAACUAUUCUUCCAAUAUGAAGCAGAAUCCCAAGAAAGAUUACAUCGAGGAAAAACAGGAAUUUAAGAUGGUUGAACAGAGUCCUGAAAUGAAAUUCUCUCCGGCAACCCAAACAGCAAGGCAUUCUCAGCCCUUUGAAGAAGAGUUGAGCUCUGAUGAUGAACUUGUCAUUGAUGUGCCAGAGUUGCCUCCACUCACUCAAAAUUCUCCAGUCCACAGAAGUUGUGAAAUGAAAGGAAACGAUACCAAUGCUUCAACUCUCAGCUUAAUCCGUAAAGUACGGCAACCAAGAAUUGUGGAGUCCAUUGACUCGUUGGAGGUGGGAAGAUUGGACAAUUCAUUUGCUAGAAACUUCAUGGCAGAAAAUAGCAGCAAGAAGGAACUGAAAACUGGUAGUUUGCAAAGAGAAAUUUGUGACUUAAUUGAGAGUAGCAAAGUGUCCAAUGUAACACAUGAUCAGAUAGAUAUGGUUGGUAAACACCUUGAUGUUUCAAAGCAUAUUUCCAAAGCCAAAGUAAUAGAAGGAGCAUUGAAACCAGAUCUGGUUGAAGGAGAUUCUGUUCCUCUUGUCAAUGCUGAUAGAGCUAAAUUGUCAAAUCAGAAAUGUAGAAGUUUGUGUGAAUCUCUAAAAUUAGAAGUGAAUGUGCAAAAAUAUGAAACUGAAGAGCAAAGUUCAAUCAAUUUGAACAGUUUGAAAAGAUUGAGUGACAAAGCACCUCUGGUUGAAAGCAAUAUUGCAUCACUCAAACUUGAGAAACAUGUGCCGCUCUCUGCAAUAACAUAUAAUAGACCAGAGACUGCAAACAAGAGCAAAUGCACCAAUAAAUUGGAAACUAGGCAGAGUACUGACCAACAAAGACCAAAGGUACAGAGCCAAGAUGACCAUUUUGGUAAUGAAAAGCAGGCUGAAAGUUUUCAAAUGACAAGUGAUAACGAUGAAGAAUCCUCACUUUCUGAUGAAGAUUUGAGUUCUUUGGUUUCAGAGGAGUUGGACUUCUCUGAAUCAGACCCAAUGGAAGAGUGCUUGAGGAUUUUUAACGAAUCUGCAAAACAGGAAACUAAAGAGAGUGAGAUGGAUGCUGUACAGAAUACUCUUUCAAAAACCUAUGAAAAUAUUCAAGAUUCUGGGAUUGCAGGAAGCGCCAGCACAAAACAAAAGAGGAGGAUUGCACAUGUUGCAAAAUUUAAUAAGGGAAAAUCUAGCUUUAACAGGAUAAUUGUUCCUCAAGCUCUACCACUGCCAAAACAGUCAUGUCACAAUCGGAUUAAAAUGGUCCAGCAACAGGCUGUGCAAUUGAUGGCAAAUGUGAAAAGUGCUCAAGUUUAUAAAGCUACGGUUUCUAAAUCUUCUGGCCAGAAGAGGCUGACUGCAAAAGGAUCAAAACCACAACCAAUCAGUGCUGCAAAAGCAGUUUCUCAGAGUUCCUUCAGGAAAGGUCCCAGUUCAUACUCUAGUUCUAGCUGUAAUGUGUCUUCAAAAGAGCAGAUCGUCUCGAGCAGUACUUCCAAAGUCCCCCACACUGUUUCUCCAUUGGGAUCAGCCAGCCAUGUUCCUGCUCCACAGAGAGCUAAUUCAAAGCGUGGAGCUAAAGUGUCCAACAAUGUGCGGAAACAGUAUCUUGGCUUUUUUAUUGAAGAGUUUUUGAAGACCUGCUCAUCACGGCAAGCAGCAGUUAAAAAGGCUUUGUCUGAAGAAAAGGUUAUUUUUGAACGUAGCACAAGCAAGUUCAUGUAUUUGAAUGUAGCUGUGCAGGCACUGAAGAUCCUGAGGAAUCCGACAAAUCGAGCACCAGUGACUUCAGAUGCUCACCAGUCCUCUAAAAAGAAGAGACUUUCAUCAGGAACAAUUCUAGAAGGUGCUGCACUUUAUAGUGUUCUCAAGAGCUAUGUCUUAACUGAAGGACAGUUGAAGGAAAAUGGAUAUCCUCAACGUGACCCUGAAAACCCAGGAAUUGCUCUACUCUUCAAUGGCGAAGCAAAUAAAUAUAUUGCUGACUCAUUGAUCCAGGUUUGCUGUCGUUGUGGGAGACCAUUCUCUGUAACACCUGAUGGGAGUUAUAUCUCCAAGGAAGAAUGUAGCCACCACUGGGGUAGGACAAUAAAACGGCAAGUGUCUGGUGGAUGGGAUGCUCGCUACAGUUGCUGUGGAGGAUCCUUAGGCUCUGUUGGAUGCCAGCUUGCUAAGUUGCAUGUCUACAAUCGAAAAGAGAACCUUAAUGGCUUUGUGAAGACUCCCCUUAAACUGCUCCCACUUGAUGGGAAUCCUGGUGUUUAUGCAGUGAACUCUGAAUUGUGCUACACUAAGCAAGGAGGUGCACUUUCUCGUGUAAGUGUGGUCAAUGCCAAUCUUGAAGUAGUUUAUGAUGUGUUUGUUAAACCUGACAAUGAAGUGAUUGAUUUCAACACCAGGUUUUCUGGUGUAACUCGAGAGGAUGUGAUGAAUGCAAAAACAUCUCUUGCUGAUGUUCAGUCAGCAUUAUUGGCCAUGCUCAGUGCCGACACCAUAUUGAUCGGCCAUAGUUUGGACAAAGACUUGCUCACGCUGAAGCUUAUCCACAGCAUGGUUAUUGACGUAUCAGUCGUGUUUCCGCAUUCCUUAGGGUUACCCCACAAACGGGCCCUCAGGAAUUUAAUAGCAGAAUACCUCGGCCAUAGCAUCCCAGACAAUGUGGAGGGUUCUGAUAAAGCAUCUGCAUGCAUGGAGCUCAUGAAGUGGAGAGUGAAGGAGGAUGCGAAAGGCAGGAAGUGGUGAGACUUCUUUGGAAAAACCAUAAGAAUACUUCAGGACCUUCCAAGUUGUGGUGUCCAAGUGGAUGAUAUACUGAAUGCAUUCACUGCCUCAUGUAAUUAAAGAAGAUACUAUUUAUUCAAUGUCAUGUUUAUUUGUGGUGAGAGAUGGUGAUAAGGGAGUGGGUCCAGAAUAUAAUAUAAACUGGGCUCAUGAAAAUUUGUUGGAAUUUAAAACUCUGAGCUAAAAGGAGGCCAAUAAAUCUCAUGUUUGAGACUUAGUUAAUUUCUAAGGAUGAGUUUGAAUUACUGAUAUUUAAUUGUGGUGUACUAUAUGCUAACAAUCCAGCAAUAUAAUUUCUGUAAUAGUGAAGCUGUAAUUGAACACUUAUUUAAAUGUAUAUUUGGAAAUAGUUCAUAAUCUGUGGUUUACAUGUAUUUUCUGAAGACUUUUGAUAAAUGUGGCUGCUUUGUGAUUUCCAUUUCUCUUUAGAUAGUGAGGGUCUAUGCUGGGAUAUUUGAGUAACUCUUCAAACUAAUUAACUUCUAUUGGUAGAAAUCCUAGUAGCUAGUCUCGCAAAAAGAGACAAUUACUGUGGUCUUUUUUGUCAAAUUGCAGUAUCUGCCAGAAAAAUAUCAUGUCUGAAUGUGAACAUAGUACCAAGUCUAGUAAGACUGGGAAAAAAAAACAUUUCAUAAAAAUGAAAAGUACUUUGUAAUUGUAAUAACCAUCUCAUUGCACA